CAGCUUCCAGCCGUUCCGAAAUGUUUCGCAACAUCGAUUAAGCUUACGCCUCCAACUUAAUUUGACUCACUCAUCCCAUCAAUACUGUAUCAACAAACAGCCUGCUCUGCAACUCAUCAAAAUGUCCAAGCAAGACGACAAGACUCCCGUCCGUGACACAGCGGAGGAUGACGCCUACUUCCCCUCACCCUUCUCCCUCACCCAAUACGUUACCGCCAAAACAGAUUUUGACGGCGCCGACUAUCCCAACAAAUACAAAGGCGGCAAAUGGAAGAUUCUCAUGAUCGGCACCCAAGAGCGCUAUCUCAAAAUGGCAGAUGGCAAGUUCUUCUCUACGGGAAAUCACCCAGUUGAGAUGCUGCUGCCUAUGUAUCACCUUGACGCUGCUGGCUUCGAUAUUGAUGUCGCUACGCUCUCGGGUGAUCCUGUCAAGCUUGAGAUGUGGGCUUUUCCUAAAGAGGAUGAGGCUGUCAAGUCGAUUUAUGACAAGUAUAAGCAGAAGCUUCGCAGCCCGCUUAACCUCUCUGAAAUCUGGAGUGGCCAAGACGGCAAGGGAUUUAGUCAAGAUACUCCUUACCUGGCAGUUUUUAUUCCUGGCGGUCACGGCGUGUUGAAUGGCAUACCCUUCAGCAAGACCGUCGGCGAUGUUCUUCGCUGGGCUCACGCCAAUGACCGCUUUUUUAUAACGCUUUGCCACGGGCCUGCUAGUAUCCUCGCCGCAGACGUUGGAAAGCCCGAGGGUUCCAAGUUUAUUUAUGAGGGAUAUAGCAUCGAUGUGUUCCCUGACUCUCUGGACCAGGGUGCCAAUAUCGACAUUGGCUAUAUUCCCGGCAAGAUGGAGUGGCUGGUUGGCGAGCGGCUCAAGAAGCUCGGGGUUACGCCGAUCAACAAGACCAUCUCCGGUGAAUGCCACCGCGACCGUCUGCUAUUGACUGGCGAUUCGCCGUUGGCUUCGAAUAACUUGGGCAAGCUAGCUGCCAAGACUCUACUGGAAGAGGUGAACAAGUAGAAUCCGAUCCCCGAGCGCUGGGGUAAAGGAAAAAGCAUCAUGUAACGAGGGUAGUUAGGCUCUGAUACAGAAGUGAGAAUAAAUUACCUUCACCAUAUGUUCAAUAUGAUAUACCUGGAUCUUGGUGUAAUAUAGAUCUUUACAUAACAACAGAACACAUCAUUUUCCCCACAGAGUUGUGUGCAGAUG